AUGGAUAAUAAUUCAGAUGAUGAAAACAGUAACAAAACGUUUCUUGUUCAACGUCGCACAAAAAGAAAUCGACAAACCAAGACACAGUUGAUAUUCGAUGAAAAAGCUCGAAAAGAAUAUUUAACUGGAUUUCAUAAGCGCAAAUUAGAACGUCGUGAACGUGCACAAGAACAAUUAGAACAAGAGAUUAAAAAUGAUCUAAAAGAUCUUCGACAAAAAAGACGUGAUGAAAUGAAAAAAAAACACGAACAACUUGGUUUACUCGAUACUGUAGAAAGCACCACAAAAAAAAGAACCGUACAAUUCAAAAAUCAUACAGUAGAAGUUGCUGAAAUAGAUGAUCAAUUAAUAACAAAUACCGGCCUGUUCAUGGGCAAUAGUAGUGCUGUAGCAUGCAAUGAUAGCACGCCUGAUGUUCAAAAUGAUGAAGGGAAGAAAGUUAAAACCAAAAAAAAGCAUCCAUUAUCGAAAAAGAUGUCCAUAUUACAAAAUAUGAAAGCAACGUCUAAAUCGUUAAAAAGUAGUGGAGGUAUACAUCAUAGAAAACAUAAAAAGAGAAAUAGUAACACUGCAAAACAUACGUCGAACAACAAAAGGACUAAGAUAAAUAAAAAGUAG